AAUUCCCUCCUAUACAACAGCUCACAAACGAUACACAUACAAGAUAUACAGAUCACGUUAGGCAAGUUCGGUGUGCCCAAUUUUGAUUGAAAAGUUUUAUAGCCUCCACGUGAAAAAUCACUCACUGAAUCAACUCAGUCAAUCCUUGCGGGUUAUAAAAAUAAUUUUAGUAGUUGCAUCAUUCAACUUACCAUUAAACAGUUGCAUCAAUAUACUUCGAGGAGAUUACAGGCAUCUGGUUGAAGCUAACAAUGCAAAGUCUCCAAGCGACUUCAGCUUCAUCACUACAAAAUUUAUUCUGGGGGAAGAAUCUCAGCUAUGAAUCAUGUACUCUAAGCAGAACGCAAGAAUUCAUACCUAAUUUGAAAUUGCCUCCAUUAGGACCUCAAAGGCUAUCUGUACAAUGUGGUGUUGGUUUCCGCCCUUGCAUUGACAUACACAAGGGAAAAGUGAAGCAAAUUGUUGGAUCCACUCUUCAAGAUUCUAAGGAAGCAGAUGCAAGCCUGGUAACUAACUUUGAAUCUGACAAAUCGGCUGCAGAAUAUGCAAAGCUUUACAGAGAUGACGGCCUUGUAGGUGGCCAUGUGAUUAUGCUUGGUGCUGACCCCUUGAGCAUAGCUGCUGCAACUGAAGCAUUACAUGCUUACCCUGGUGGGUUGCAAGUUGGAGGCGGAAUCAAAACUGAAAAUGCUUUGAGUUACAUUGAAGAAGGAGCCAGCCAUGUCAUUGUCACGUCGUAUGUCUUUAACAAUGGACAAAUGGACCUUGAGAGACUGAAGGCUCUUUCUUCUCUCGUUGGAAGAAAGAGGCUUGUUUUGGAUCUUAGUUGCCGUAAAAAGGAGGGUGAGUAUGUGAUUGUUACAGACAGAUGGCAGAAGUUCAGUGACGUACAUCUCAAUGAGAAAGUCCUGAAUUUUCUGGCGGAGUACGCUGAUGAGUUUUUGGUUCAUGGCGUUGAUGUUGAAGGGAAAAAGCUGGGAAUAGAUGAGGAGCUUGUAGCAUUGCUUGGAAAGUAUUCCCCCCAUUAUAGUAGAUUCCAUCAGACAAUGCUAGUCAAAUGAAGGUCAAAAUGCAUCUUUGCCAGCAUUCAUGUUUCUUGUUUUAUCCUGAAUGCUGAAUGAGCAUUGAUCUAUUAUUAAUCUUUGAGGGAUUAUAUGAUGGCCCGGGUAUCAGAGUCGAAUCAAGUUCUUUCCAAAGCUUAACAACAACAACAUACCUAGUGUAUUCCCACAAAGUGAGGUCUGGGGAGGGUAAUGUGUACGUAGUCCAUACCACUACCUCAAAAUAGAGAGCUUGUUUCUGAUAGACCACCGGCUUAGUAUAACAAAAAAGAAAACAUUAAAGCACACAACAAAAUGGGAUAACACAUUGCUAGCUAAUACAGGAAACAAGACAACCCCAAGAUAAUACUAUAAACUAUCUAUUCAAAAUCAUAGACAUCACUGAAACACCACUAACAAGAAACUCCAGGCACAGAUACAAACAAUACAUUCUUUCCUACUGUUACGUGCGAACUCCUACCCACUAACCCUCUACCCUAAUCCACGUCCUCCACACCUUCCUAUUAAGUGUCAUGUCCUCUGUAAGCUGUAACUGCUUCAUAUCAUACCUAAUCACCUCUCUCCAAUAUUUCGUCGGCCUACCUCUACCCUGCCUAAAACCAUCCAUAACCAGCCUCUCACACCUCCGUACUGGAGCAUCCACGCACCUCUUCACCACAUGCCCGAACCAUCUUAAUCUCACUUCCCAAAUCUUGUUCUCCACCGAAGUCACUCCCACCUUUUCCCGAAUAAUCUCAUUUUUAACCCUAUCUCUCUUGUGAGUCCACAUAUCCAUCUGGAUGUAGGAGUUCUUAACUGGCCAACACUUUGCUCCAUACAACAUAGCCCGUCGAACUGCCACUCUGUAAAACUUACCUUUAAGUUUCGGAGGCACCUUCUCAUCACACAAGACUCCCGAAGCGAGCCUCCAUUUCAACCACCCUGCACCAAUACUGUGCAUGACAUCCUCAUCAAUCUCACUAUUUCCCUGAAUCAUAGACCCAAAAUACUUGAAACUCUCCCUCUUCUGAAUGGCCUAAGAAUCCAACUUCACUACCACGUCAGUCUCUUGCAACAAAUGGCUAAACUUACAUUCCAAGUACUCCGUCUUGGUCCUUCUCAACCUAAAUCCUUUAGACUCAAGGAUCUGUCUCCAAAUCUCCUAUUUAUCAUUAACUCCUCUCGAGUCUCGUCAAUCAGAAUAACAUCAUCAGCAAAUAACAUACACCAAGGCACCUCCCUUUGAAUAUGUCGCAUCAAAACAUCCACCACCAAGGCAAAUAAAAACGGGCUAAGAGUCGAUCCUUGGUUCAAUCCUGUUGACAAGAAAGUGCUCCGAAUCUCCUCUUACCGUCCUCACACGAAUCUUCGCGCUGUCGUACAUGUCCUGAAUCAACCUAGUGUACGCCACGGGCACCCCUCUAACCUCCAAGCACCUCCAUAAAAUCUCCUUGUGGAUUUUGUCGUACGUCAUCUCAAUGAACACCAUGGCAAGUCCUUCUUCCUCUGCCUAAACUGUUCCACUAAUCUCCUCACGAGGUGAAUUGCCUCAGUAGUAGAGCAACUGGCAUGAAACCGAAUUGAUUCUCGGAAAUAGUCACAAUCCUCCUCAGCCUCAAUUCUACCGCCCUUUGCCGAAGCUUAAAAGAAUAUGAAAUGGAGUGGCAAGAAGAGUCAAAUCUACUUUCUCAAUGUUUUGUCAAUGGACCACUUGGCUAAAGUGAAACAUUAUCAUGCGAAUUGUUACCAUCUAGAGGGCUGCCUUACCCUGCAUUUGCGAGAGGCUGUUUUCACAGCUUGAACCCUGCGACCUCCUAGUCACAUGGCAGCAACUUUACCUGAUACACCAGGCCCCCCUUCAACUUGUUUCCACCUGUGCCAUAAAUAAUCAUAGCUAUUCUGUAUUAAUGCCAGUGC